AUGCCCGGCUAUCCCAUCCAACUGAUAAAAGAGCGCGACAACAAAGACUGGAGCUACGCAUCAAUCCACUGGGAACCAGGCUGGCUACGCCUAAUAACAGUCUCCGAUCUGUUGAAAGAGGACAAUCCGACACUCAUCCUCUCCGAAUGGCGCGGUCUGGAUAUCACCAACCCGGGACAAUCGCACGUCCCUAAAUACGCCACCAUCUCGCACUCAUGGGCUGCCAGCGACGAAGUGCAACGACUAAGCGAAAUCGCUGAUCGACCGCUCAGAAUCGACCUGGGCAACAACAAAUACCAUACAAUCAGCUGGGAAGGGCUUGUUCAAGCUGCAAAAGCAGCACGGCAUUUGGGUUGUGUCUUCUUUUGGCUGGAUUUGACCUGUGUACAUCAAGACUCAUCGGACGACAAAAAGCUUCAGAUUCAGCAUAUGGGCCAUGUAUACCAAAAAUCGGCGGCGGUUAUUGUUAUGCCUGGAGGCGUUGCGUCGGCGCAGGCCGCGGGUUAUAGCGCUCCAUGGAUAACACGCGCGUGGACGUUACAAGAAGCAACUUUGUCCCCAUCAAAUGUGCAUGUACUGAUCAAAGAACCGAGGCAGGAUACAACGAAUUACGACUUUGAAUUCACAACCACGGGUCCUAUAUAUCAAAUCGACCAGGUAGACGAUGAACUCGCACUAUCAAAACUCCAAAACCUGUUGAGCUGCCGUAGGAGAGGGCUCCAGAUUACAAAAGUCAAUAAAUCCACAAAGGAAAAGACCCGGGUGCCAUUUAUUGUUAGGUGUUUUGGCACCGACGAAUCCCUGAUUACUUCCCUGGAGGGAGUGUUGAGAGGACGUACAGAUGAAAUGAAAAGAUCCGCGGCAUGGAGGUCCAUAUACCUGCGGACAUCAACAAAACCGCAAGACAUGGUCUUCAGUGUCAUGCACCUGUUAGGCGUAACCAUCAAGGUCGACUACAACCGUACGCGCGAGGAUCUCAUUCUAGAAUUAGCACGAAGGACAAGAGCGCUACCGUCAUGGCUGGAUAUUGGGGAAGAUAUUCCCUUUGAUGCAAAAUUUGGGCUUGUGCCUGCCUUGCCUAUAUUUCAUCCUAAUGACACGCCUUCAUACGAUAUUGACAGUGAAUUGGUGCCCGCCAACAGAUACACAGAGUCAGGAACGUACAUCGAAGAAUAUGAUAUCAAGAUCCAGACCUCUCCCACCAGUACCUUCGAUGGUGACUUGAUCUGCGCCAAAAUAUUUCCCAUCACGUUCCAGAACGCGUCGAGAGCAUCGAUCACGAGCGACAGUGGAGAGAAAUUUAGUUUUGGCGAUGUCGAUCAAAAGGCAGUUACAGGGUCGCAUGUGGUCGUUUUGGGUGAGGCGCAAGUCUAUGGUCUGGCCCAUCUAGGUCUGUUUCAAUAUGGAGGGCCACAGGUUAUCUUUGUGGGGAGGUCUGAGAGAGGAAUAUGGGAAAGGCAUGGGAAGAGGGCUAUUAUUCCAAAGGAGUUUGUGGACAACCCGAGGAGGUGGCAUCUAACAAUUGGAGGAAAGCCUGGGUCUGACAUCAAGCCUUGUGAUUGUUAG